UAUCGAGGUGACGGACUUCAUUCAGUUGACGGAACCUGGAGCCGCUCAGCUCGACAGUGACCUUCUCAAAAUGGCGACGUAGAGACGGUGUAAGGUCGUGGUCCAGGGGGAUGGAGCCGGGCAAACAGGAGGAGGAGGAAGAGACCCUCAGCCGCCAAGUGCCCACUUUAUAUAACAUCUGUGCAAAGAAUAUCAGCAAGAACAUGGUCAAGCUGGAGCAGGGGGUCUGCGGUUUGCCAACUGCAAUUCUUCGAGAGUUGUUGAAUUACCUUAACAUAUAUGACCUGGAAAGGAUUGAAGAGGUUUCUGUAAAGAAAGGCAUUUCGACUCAAUUUCUUUGGCUACAGCUAUGGAAGGAUGUGAUUGGGACAAACCCUAAAGUAAUAACGGAACAUUUUAACUGGAGAACAAAAUUUUUACAAACAUUCUUUCAUGGAGUCUUGUGGGGAACGUUGGAUAUCUUGAAUGACAGGCGUUUAAUUAAUUCUCGCUCUUCUGCCUUGGUACUUGGAUCCCAAUAUGUAAGCAAGCUAGUCAUACGCAACAAGCUUCAAGGUGUGAAAGAACUAGUUGAUAAUCCAAGCAUUUCUGCCCGUUUGACGUCCUCGGUACAUAAACUCGUGUUUCAACAUCUGCGUUCUGUGGAUAUAUUGCUAGAGCAUUCACUGUUAAAGUUGCUUCAUAGCCUUGUUCACCAUGGCAGUGUGAAGGAAGUGAUAUUGUCACAUUGGAAUGAGCCCCACCCUGAAUUAUUAUCUCUCAUACUGCGGACAAGUGCAGGAUUUUGGCAUAAAGGGAAGAAGGAAGAUCAGUAUGCUUAUUGUUGUGAUGAGGUCAAAUUAAAGAUGGGUGUUCAAACAGUAGAGCCAACAACGCAAAAUAAUAUAUUGGAUUGCUACCAUAAAAAUACUGCAUACUGUGCUUUAUCUGACUGGUCGUUUACUACUACUCAAAAAGAUGAUGGUGAGAAAAUCAUGCCUCGAAGUGGUAACAUGCCUCCUGUUAAUGUUUUGUCCACAUGUGCUCAUUGUGUAACUUCUAAAGGAACAUCGUGUGAGGAACUUUGUCUGGCAAAUAGGUCAAGUUGUUGUGAAACACAUAGGACCUAUCCUAAAAAGCGCAAGUCCUGUGGCACAAUGUGUAAAACGCUAUCCUCUUCUGGAAGUCAUGGUAUGGUUUUAAUGGAACCAAAUUCUUCUGCACACAGCAGUCAAUUAGACCAGCAGCCAAUUUCGUUUGACAAGAUUUGUGAUGAAAACAAUUGUUGCAAAGGGCAGAAAGAUUUAAAUGGCUUAUUGUAUUCUUGUGCAUGCAGUGGAGUUGUGAGAGAGCCUAUAUCUCCUGAUCAGUAUCACGAUGGUUCUGAAGGAAACCCAAAUUACUCCCAUGGAACUAAUAGAGGAACAUUUAUUGAUCCAACAUCAUCCAAUGGGAUCACUAAGACUUCAGAACAACUUGUUUCCGUUUGUGAGUGUACUCAUAGUGCUGAUAAACAAAGUGCUGCAAUCGCAAAGCUGCAAACUUAUGCUAAGUUAAAUGAAAGUUUUUCAAAGUGUUUAGGAUCUCCUGGUAUGUGUUCUGAAGGAUUUGAAUCAACAAAUGAGUCUUCUCUUCUCAAUUCAAGCCCAUGGACCGCAGAAGCUCGACUGUCAUGUUUUAUAAACCAAAAAACAUGUAAGAAGCCCAGACUGACCGAUAUGUUGAAUAUCCAGUCAGCUGCACAAUCAAAGAGUACUGAUUUAUCUGAAGUAAUUGAGAACUCAGAGGACAUCUAUGAUUAUAUUUUCAUGAUAGGUGGAAAUAAAACAGACACUGAGCAGAAUACCUCAGGCACUGCUGAAAACAAUGACAAUCUGUUGAAUGGUUUGAAUAACUUUGAUUGCUUUGACCAAGAGCAAGUGGACAGCACACCUCUUUCCCACCCUCCUGAGCUUUCCCUGAGAAGUGUUUCAGUGCUGGAAAUAACAUCAGUCUCACUGACGUACAAGUCUUCCAUAAUGCUGUCCAAGUUGCUCAGUUCAUGGGUGACCCUCCAGAAACUCGUCUUGGAAUAUAAUGGUCUAGGUCCUGCCAUCUUUCUGAUUCUCAAGGAACUCUAUGUCCUCUCUCGAUGCAAUGACAACAGUCUUUCCACUCUUGUAUUAAAAGAUGAUAUCCUUCAUCUUCCCAUGAUAAAGCUAGUUAAAAUCCUGCUCAGCAUCUUCCCCCGCCUGCACACGUUCAACCUGGGCUUCCUGCUAGAAAUACAAAACGAAGCUCUGGAGAAAGAGAUGUCGAUGGCUGUUGAAGAGGGGACAGAGAGCUAUUUGGAGGAUUUGAGUCUGAGUUGGACUAAUAAACCUCUCCAGGUUGACUUGCUCUUGCCUGUUUUAAGAGAAUUGAAAUUCCUCAGACGUCUGUGUCUGCACAGGGCAUCAUUCACAACUCCAGAAGACCUUGGCAAGCUGUUGCAUGCGACUACAUACUUUCUCUCUGCAUUGGAUUGGGUUACCAUACAAGACGUUAACCUUGCUGUUUGCUUUAAGGAAGUUCUAGAUCUUUUACGCAGUGCUCCUCUUAAAGGUUUAACUUUGGAUAACUGUCGUUUGUUUGAGAGACAAACAGCAGAAACUGUGUCAGAAAUCAUCACUGCUCUGAAACAAAAUCAAUCUCUCAAAUUCCUGUCUUUACCUGCGAACCGAUUAGGGAAUGAUGGUUUGCUCUCGUUGGCAAAACUCUUUACUCAGGAUUCGUUGUCAUGCAUCUCUAGCCUGAACGUCAGUGCAAAUUGUAUUCGAGGAGAUGGAUUACUCAAGUUUGCAAAGCUACUUCUGACCUCUGAAUCGGAACAAUUUGGUGGGCUGAAACUGAAGGAAUUAAACAUAAGCGAGAACUUGUUCUUCAGAGAGCCAGCGCUUACUCAGGAAGCACUUGAACUUUUCAAAAACAAAUGUCAUGUCAUCACAAUACAGUCUCUUACUGAGCCAUCGCAAGCAUUUGCUGACCACAUCAGUGUAAUGUAGACAUUCCAACAUCCAGUGGCCUUGUUCUGGACUAUUACAAAUUACUAGCUUCAGAUAGUUUGAUUAUUUUACUUCACGUACAUCCUGCGCCAUUCUGAUUAUUGCAAUUGGAGUGUCUCCAUGCAUUUAUACAGGACUGAAUGCAACCCCAAGAAAAACAAAUGUGCCAAUCAUGUACUUAGAAAUCAUCAUUCUUUCUUGCUUGGCUGGCUUAGGAUCCAACUUGGUCCAGAGCACCACUGGCAGUAUAAAUAAUGGGCUACUUCAUAACUUUGUAUGAUUUUGGGAGGGAAAAUGAGUGAUGCAAUUGGGUUUUGUUUCUUAGUUUUUGUUUUAGAAUUUAUUUAGUGUAGCAAUUUGUACUAAAGUAUUUUAGUUUUUCUGUUUUUGAAAGAAGCUGGUGCGCUAUCCUCUGUUGAGGGUGGGUUGACAACCACUUCACAACAUGUUGAGCUACAGUGUUAGUAAACAACUUCUA